AUGAUGACCCACAUUAAAAAUGUGCACAAUAAACAUUUAAAACCAAUAAAAACAUUUUCGUGUGAUCUCUGUGAUAAAGUAUUUAAGUGUCAGAAAUCUGUUACCAUUCACAUCAGAUCUGCUCACACAGGUCAACGGCCAGCAGUUUGUACUGUAUGUGAUAGUAGUUUUUUCCAUGAAGAUUACCUCAAAGAGCACAUGCGUUUACAUACAGGUGAAACUCCAUUUAAGUGUCCUGUAUGUGGGCGAGGGUAUGCUCAACUCGGUAAUAUGAAAAGUCAUCUUAGGGUACAUAGAAAAUCAGAAGUUAAUCCAGAUUUACUUAGUAAAAUGAGACCUAAUUAUUUAAGACUAUUAAAGCCAUAA